AAUUCCUAGCAGACAGAAGAGAAAGAAGGUAAAAAAAAAGAAUACCAGUGGAAUUUGUUGUGACAUUUCGUGUUAUGAAAAUGGAAGAAUUUGGAGAGAUUCCGGUUGAAGUUCAAUUAAAUAUUGAUUCACCUGCUAUAACUGAUGAACCUGACAAUACUGAACAACCGAGUGAUAUUAAAUCGUCGUUUCAACCAGCCAGAAAACAAAGACGAAGCAGGAGGAGCAAACCGUCGCAGAAAUCAGAAUUAGUUAAAAUGGAAUGCAACUUGUGCUCAUUUGAAACGAUAGAAGGUCGCGGUGCCUUACAGAUUCAUUAUCUCGAUGAUCAUUCCAAAGAAGACCUGGCUUCUACAUUGAUAUCCAUUACCUAUCCAGAUGCACUAGAAGAUAGUGCCAAUGAAUCACCAGAUUCCGGACUCAGGAGUAGUGCUACAAAGAGGAGUGCCUCCCUUCAUGCCUGUCCAGUAUGUCAAAAGAACAUAGCAGGAAAGAACAAUUUAGAAAAACAUUUGAUAAGACACAGUUCUCAAAAACCCUUUAAAUGUGAUGAAUGCAAAAAGAUGUUUAGCGCCAAAAGAGACCUUCAACUCCAUGAAAUGAGACAUCAUUCAAAAGAAAGGCCUCAUGUCUGUCCUACUUGCAACAAAGGUUUUGUUGACAAGGCAUAUUUAAAAAAGCACAUGACCUUCCAUGAUCAGUCAAAGUUCUAUGUUUGUGAAACAUGUGGAAAAUCAUUUAACAAUGUAUUGGGGUUACAGAAGCACUGCAAAACUCACAGUCAAGAGAGGCCUUACAUGUGUGAGAAAUGCUCCAAAUGCUUUCGGGUCAAGUAUGAUCUGACUGUCCACAAAAGAAAUGUACACAAGGAGGCUCAAAUUCAACAAAAUGAACCAGAUUCAUCAACAGUAUAG